AGCUUCGCCUUCUUUCAGAAUACGCUCUCUUUGUUUCUGUUCUUAUUUCUUAAGACUUCAAUCCUUCAUUUUGACUAUAAUACUCUCAUCCCUAGACCCAUUCUUUUGUUCAGACCAACAAUUCCUAAUAUCCACUCCAACUUCAACUCCAAACCUCAACUUCGAGUCCCUCAUUCUAUCAAAAUGUCCCGCUACGGAGCCCUCGGCGCAACAUUCUAUAUAUCCCGCCUCUUCCAAGCCUGCUCCCUAAUCGCCAUAAUCGGCAUGACAGCAAACUUCAUCUCAGUCAUCGUCUCGACAAACGCCACACCACCAAACAUAGUAAUCGGUACAAUCAGCGUGACCUGCAUCGCUGCGAUAUACUGCAUAAUAACAACAAUCCUCUUCAGAGACGACAUCCUCCCCUUCCUCCCAAGCGCAGCCCUAGACUGCCUCCUCCUAAUCGCAUUGAUCGUCGUGGCAGUGAUAAUCGGCAAACCACUCUCAUACCUAAAAUGCACGACACUAGCCGAACUAGGCGAGAAAGACGCAACAGCCUACUCCUUUGCGUCGCGGUUAUCGAGUUAUCUGGCUCAUAUUAGUGGGAAGGUCGACUACGUUUCUUGGAUUGGGGCUAGUAAGGCGAUUUGUCUUGAGAUGAAAGCGAUUUGGGGGUUGAGUAUUGCGCUUUGUAUUUUGUUUUUCUUUUCGACUAUUUGUUCUGUUUGUUUGUGGCAGCAGAAGAAGAAGGCUCUCGCUGAGAAGGCUGUUGAGUGAUCUUGUGAAUCCGUGGGCAUGCU